CGCAGAGUAACGGGCGGAUAUUUUCAAAAUGGAAGAAAUGGCAAAGUUUUGGAGGGGAACUAAAGGACAACAUUUAUUCUCCCUCUGAGGACUCCCGUGCCGACUAUCGAUGUACUCUGCCGACCGAGGAAUAUUUUUACAAACUUCCAUGAGUCUGCAAAGCCUAAACCGGCACCAUGAGUGUUUCUAUCGGCGAUAAAAUUGAGGAUUUUAAAGUCCUCACCCUCCUUGGAAAAGGCUCCUUUGCAUGCGUUUAUCGGGCAAAAUCAGUGAAGACUGGUCUGGAGGUUGCUAUCAAAACGAUCGACAAAAAAGCAAUGCACAAAGCUGGUAUGGUCCAGCGUGUGACGAAUGAGGUGGAGAUUCACUGCAGACUGAAGCAUCCUUCAAUACUUGAGCUUUACAACUACUUUGAGGACAGCAACUAUGUAUAUUUGGUGUUGGAGAUGUGCCACAAUGGAGAAAUGAGUCGGUACCUUAAAGAGCGAAAGAUGCCUUUCUCUGAGGAUGAAGCAAGGCAUUUCAUGCAUCAAAUAGUUAAAGGAAUGCUGUAUUUACAUACUCAUGGCAUCUUGCACCGAGAUUUGACCCUGUCAAAUCUCCUGCUGACCAGCAACAUGAACAUUAAGGUAGCAGACUUUGGCCUGGCCACUCGGCUCAAACUUCCAAAUGAAAAGCACUUCACCAUGUGUGGGACACCCAACUACAUCUCCCCUGAGGUGGCCACUCGCAGUGCUCAUGGUCUGGAGUCAGAUGUCUGGUCACUAGGGUGCAUGUUCUACGCCUUCCUGAUGGGUCGCCCUCCAUUUGACACGGACACAGUAAAGCACACGUUGUCAAAAGUAGUUCUCGGGGAAUAUGAGAUGCCUACCCAUGUUUCUUUAGAGGCUCAGGAUCUGAUCCACCAGCUAUUGCAGAAAGACCCCGCCCAGCGGCCCAGCCUGUCUGCUGUACUGGACCACCCAUUCAUGACCCAGAGCCUCCUGGUGAGGACCAAGGAGCUGGGGCUGGAGGAUGAUGGAUCUAUUGACAGUGGCAUCGCCACCAUCUCCACAGCCUGCACCUCCUCCACCUCUGCCAGCAGUGGCAGCCGCCUCCAGAGGCGUACCAGACACAUGAUUGGCUCUGCCUUGCCUAAUCGCAUGACACCCAUUCCAAGUCUACCACGCCAAACCAACAGUGGCUGUUUUGAGGAUGGAGACCUGUGGCAGCAACCAGCAGACAGAUUUAACAGAGAGGGCAGGAGCAGGGCAGUUCAUGUUGGAGAAAGUGGACAGCCUCAUUCUCGCUACCUGAGGAGAGCUUACUCUUCAGACCGCUCCAGUUCUACAGCAUCAGGCCAGAGUUCAGGUCAUGCCGAGCUGGGGAGAUGCCACUCAGAGGAGACUCUGGCUGGUGUGGGACGGCCAGUCUUCCCCAUAUCUUCCACUCCAAACCCGUUUUCAGAGCAUGGAAGGCACCCUUCUCCUCCUGUCAAACAGUCACCAAAUUGUGGGUAUUUAUCCACAGACACGGCACAUCCACCAAACCUGCAAUUUCAGGACCUGGAGGGAGUCUCCAAUUGGCUCAACAGUGAAGGUUCUGCACAGAGGCCCACAGAUGGCAGCACUCACAGCAGUAGUAGCAGUUUCCACAGCAGUAGAGGGCCUUUAGGGGUUCACAACUCCUGGACAGACAAGCCUGUGGGCCGAGGUGUGAACCCUCACCACAACCAGCACCACCUGCACCACCAUCUUCCCUCCAACCCCGACUCAUACAGAGAGAAUAUACCUGGAACAGAGUUUGAAACUCCUCACGUCAGAGAACUACAGCUCCCUUCAGCAAAACCCAGUGCAGAAAAGCAGAAGAAAACACUGAAAGACAUAGUCCCGCCUCUGUGUGCAUCCAGACUGAAGCCCAUCAGACAGAAGACCAAAAAUGCAGUUGUGAGCAUCCUGGACACGGGUGAAGUGUGUAUGGAGUUGUUGAAAUGCCAAAACGGACAAGAAAGAGUGAGAGAAGUUCUUCGGAUUUCCUGUGAUGGAUCAAUGGUGACAAUAUACCAGCCUAAUGGUGGAAAGGGUUUUCCUGUGCUGGACUGCCCGCCUGCUCCUCCAGAAGAUAUUCUCAUUUGUAGCUACGAGGACCUUCCAGAGAAAUACUGGAAGAAGUACCAAUAUGCCUCCAGGUUUGUGCAGCUCGUGAAAUCUAAGACCCCUAAAGUGACCCUUUACACCAAGUAUGCCAAAGUCAUGCUGAUGGAAAACACUCCCAGUGCAGACCUGGAAGUCUGCUUUUAUGAUGGAGCAAAGACCCACAAGACGUCAGAGCUGGUGCGAGUGGUGGAGAAGAGCGGGAAGUCUUACACGGUGAAGGGUGAGGUGGGGCUGAGCGGCCUGAGUCCAGAGAGCAGGCAGUAUGUGGAGCUGUCUGACGAGGGCCACAGCAUGUGUCUGGCUCUAGAGGCCGCCAUCACAGCAGAGGAGCAGCGCAGCACCAACAGCGUCCCUUUCUUCCCCAUAACUAUUGGCAGGAGACCUGCCAGCUUAGACUCCCAGAGCCAGUCAUCCCAGCCUUCCCAUCCAGUUCCUCCUGAUACAGCUUCACCUCCUAAACCUCCUCAAAUCACUCCGUCAAUGAUUUCCUACGAUGGGUCCGAUUUCACCACAGCCAGUCUGAGUAAGAAAAGCUCCCCGGUGCGACAGGAUCUGGUUCAGAGCACGGGAAAGGUGGUUAAGUCGAUAUUUGUGCCCAAUGUAGGAUGGGCAUCUCAGCUGACGAGUGGAGAGGUGUGGGUGCAGUUCAACGACGGGUCUCAGCUGGUAGUGCAGGCUGGAGUUUCCUGCAUCACCUACACAUCUCCAGAGGGGAGGAUCACCAGGUAUAAGGAGAAUGAGAAGCUGCCAGAGCAUGUCAAGGAGAAGCUGCACUGUCUGUCGACUAUUCUUGGACUGCUGGCAAACCCAGCAGCACACCACCGCCAACACUCUCAUUAACACUUGGUGCAGCAGAGAACUGGAAGUAGCAUUAAGAGCCUCUAAACCCUCAUUUCUUUGGUGUUCUUGUAAAUAAAUCUUCUAUCUGUGGUUUGUUUUUACAUGUACAGAAGACUAAAAUUAUGAAAAGAUAUUUUUAUUUUGGUAUGUGUCUAUUUUGUAUAGUGUUGAGUUUAGCCCUGUUGAAAAUGUUUGUCUCCAAAUCUAUGAAAUGUGCCACUGAAGCAAUAAACAUCUGGAGUCUGGGUGGAGAAAUGCUGCA